CCUCCUCAAAGCGCCAGCUGGAGCAUUGCAUUCAACCUUAAUCUCAUUUCCUUCAUCCACAUUGAUCUACAGCACUUCCAGGCCAGUCCUGGGACUCUAACACUUCAAUUACUACUCAAAAAUGGCGGACCGUUUCCCCUCACUGGAGGACUUUUCUGCGGGCCAGACUGACGUUGUCGAGACCAACGGGGCAUCGGAUGAAAACGACUUCCUUGCUCGGGAGCGCGCUAUUCUUGGAGAUGAUGCCGAACAAUUUGCCACUGCUCAAGACCACGUUGCUACAGAUAUCGGUGAUGAUUUACUGGGCGGUGCGGAAGGAGCCGUAGUUGGCGAAGCAGCCCCUGAGGAAAUCUCGGGGUUUGAGUCUUCGUUUCCUGCUAUAGAGACACAGAACGAGCAAGUUGCUCCUGGCGGUACAAUUACCGGAACAGGCGCACCCUUCCCGCCAACUGGCUAUCCUUCUUACAAAGAGCCAGAGGAAGAGCCAGAGCCCGUCAGGGAAUGGCGUGAGAGACGAGACGCGGAAAUCGCCCGCCGUGCAGAACUUUCGAACGAGAAGAAGGAGGCGACUAUCAAGAAGGCUCGAGAGGACAUCGACGAUUUCUACGUAUCUUACAACAACAAGACGGACAAGCUCCGGGCUCAAACCCGCGCUGAUGCCGAACAAUUCCUUGCCAACAGAGAAGACACCUCUGCCGGUGGCACCAGCUGGGAGCGCAUCGCGAAGCUCGUCGACAUCUCAGGAAAGGGCGCGAAGGGUGGUGCCAGUGGAUCAGGCAAGGAGCGUUUCCGUGAGUUGCUACUGGAUCUGAAGAAGGAUCAGAAUGCCCCAGGUGCCAGUGGGAUCUAGGGGUUGGACGCUGGUCGUUGACAUGACAAGCAAGACGGAGGACGGCGGAUCAUCGAGAGACUGAAAGAAAUAAAUUAUCUAAUGACAAUACACCCUGUUUCAUAUUGUUGUCGCAUCUUGCUCACGAACAUCACUACUCGCGUUUGAUCAACGAUGCCUUCCCUUUAUCAUUUUGAUCCGCAAUGAGUGGAGCGCGAGGUUUCCUACUUUUGAAGGUCAUGGUUGCGUGUUCGCUUCAGCUGCAGCUUUUGAUUCCUUUACUACUGACAUAUCCUUCUGGCACCCGUGUAUUUAAACCUUGGUAUUUCCCCUCCUCUUUAUCAUCCUCGUUGAAUGGACGUAUGAAUUACCU